UUUUUUUUCAUGUCAACCCAAGUUGCCGACGGAUGGAAGUUUUCACAAGAGACUCCAACAAAAUUAAAUUUUACCGUGUAAUUUUUGUACAUCAGAAAACUUUAACAGGCUAGGAAAAUGACGUCCUCCGAGGAUGUGUUGCUGCAAGUGUCCAACGUGCGAUACCAAAAGAAAACCGGCACUCUUUACGUAAUGAACGAGAGAUUGGCCUGGAUGAUGGACAAUAGGGACACGGUUUCUGUCAGUACUCGCUACGCUGAUAUCAAAAUGCAAAAAAUUAGUCCGGAGGGAAAAGCAAAAAUUCAGCUACAAGCAGUUUUGCACGAUGGCACGGCGUCCACAUUUCAGUUCACCAACCCAGCCGGGCAAACGGAGCAAGUUCGCGAGCGUGACAGUGUAAAAGACUUGUUGCAGCAGCUUUUACCAAAGUUCAAACGUAAAGUAAAUAAGGAACUUGAAGAGAAAAAUAAGUUAUUGACAGAAAAUCCAACUCUAUUGCAACUUUAUAAGGAUCUUGUGAUUUCGAAAGUAAUUACAUCAGAGGAAUUUUGGGCACAGCAUGCCUCAAAAUAUACUAAGGACACCGCAACCAAUAAACAGCCUAUUGGCGUUUCUGGAGCAUUUUUGGCUGAUAUCAAACCUCAAGCAGAUGGAUGCAAUGGCCUUAAGUACAAAUUGACCUCUGACAUCAUUGAAUCAAUCUUCAAAACAUACCCAGCCGUCAGAAGGAAGCACAUGGAAUAUGUUCCCCACAAAAUGACUGAAUCGGAGUUUUGGACAAAGUUUUUCCAGUCGCAUUAUUUUCAUAGAGACAGAAUUCACGCAGGCAAUAAAGAUAUUUUCACCGAAUGUGCCAAAAUAGACGACCAAGAUAUGAACAAGGACAUUGAUGCUGGCAUCAAAGACCCGCUUGUUGAUAUUACUAGCUUUGGGGACACAAAUUUGGCUGAGGGUUUUGGGGACGAUGUUGAAACUCCAGGAACGUCACAUGCUGGAAACAUUGUUCAUCAAAAUAUGAUCAAAAGAUUCAAUCAACAUUCCUUCAUGGUUCUCAAGGCUUGCCAUCAAUCAAUAAAAGAUGACGGAGUUGCGGAAAAUGGUCAAGAAGAAGCACAAAGUUCUAGUAAACCUGUAGAAGAGGAAGAUGAAACUGUUGUCAAAAAGAGACGAAUUCAAGAAAAGCUCUCCUAUGACGAUCUCGAGGACUCUUCGGAAAAAAUCACUGCUUGUCUCAAUUUAUCCAAAGUAGAGCGGUACCUCCAUGGUCCCAUCACUGACCCAGUAAAUAAUUCUGAGGCGCCAGCGGAGCGAGUGAGUUUGACGGUGCUUCGGGAACUGAUCAAAGCAUUGCAGACGCCUCUUGGCUCGUCACACCAAAACCCAGCGGCCUUAAUCACCCCAGCUCAGGCUAUCAAUGCCAUAGGAGAACUUACACCUGGUGGCUCUUUAAUGAAAGGCUUCCAGCAUGAGGCAAUCGCAAGCAUGACCCCUGCGGACAUCGAGGCGGACCUCAAGACGCUAUACCUGUCAAUUUGUGAAUUGUUGCGGCAUUUUUGGGCUUGUUUUCCACCCACUACUCCACAACUUGAGGAAAAAGCUACCACGAUGCAUGAAACGUUGCAUCGUUUUCAUGCAGCUAAACUGAAACCAUUUGAAGAUCGAGUUUUGCGUGAAUGCUCCCCACUCAGCCACAACAUCACUAGUCAUCUGAACCAACUUUUGAACUCAGCCUACAGGAAAUUUGCUAUUUGGCAACAGCGCAAGAUGCAACACUUCAGAUAGCAGAUUCCAAUCAAUGCCUAAAACUACCAUGUUAAAAUAAACACACGUUGAAAAUUGCUCUGGAAGAUUGAAAACAUUUGAAAUAAUAUACAUAGUACACACUCAAGAAACUAAAGAAUUGUGAGAAAUUUGUCGGGAAAAAUGGCACAAUCAUAUUUUCGGCAGAGGACCAAAAUCUGUUGUAAUGAACCGUAAACCAAAAUAAAUUAGAAAAAUAUUUGAAGUAUCUUACAGUGAAAGUUUGAAAUCAUAUUAUAUCUGCAGCCAGCCUUCAAUUUAAUAAAAUUACAGUACUGAUUGUGAGUGUGAGAGGAUAGCAAAUUGUCAUGAAAUUAUUGUACAGUUUCUUUAAAUUUCUUUAGAAUUUUGAAAAACAUAAAUACAGUUAUAAAUGCAAUUAUAUUUCAGUAUAUUGCGUAUAUUGUUUUUCUAGAUAAUUACGAAAAAAUAACCAUUUUUACAGGAAAAAAGUACACAUACAAAUAAUUUAAUAAUAUAAUGCCAUAUAGUAUCAUUCUUGCACAGCCAUUGCAGGUUUUUUUAUGUGACUUUGGUGGUUACCAUGCAGCCA